ACAACAGGGUGGCUUAAAUUACUGCGAAAAAUCUGUGCACUAGUAAGGAGUGACAUCUUGGUAGAAAAGAGGAAGCAUAAACUUGCUUUCAAACUAGCGAAGACACUGAUAACAAAAGAUUCUUCUUGGGAUGAAAUCAUUCCGUUUGAUAAAGACCAGUCUUCAGAAGGAGAUUAUAAGGCAAUCCCGUUAUUGCUGGCGACUGAAAAAGGAAUAGUAGAAAUUGUGAACGAGAUACUAAAAAUAUAUCCCCAGCUGGUUGAGCAUUGCAAUGAUCUGGGUCAGAACAUACUGCAUGUGGCAAUUAAGCACCGUCGAAAGGAUAUCUUCAAUCAUGUGAAAAAUAUGAAAAUGCCAAUGACAAGGUUAGUCGGAAAGGUUGACAAGAAUGGCUACACCAUUUUACACCGUGCUGCAGACAUGGAGACACAGACUGCAAAGCUUCACCCAACAGGACCUGUAUACAAACUCCAGGAAGAGAUAAAGUGGUACAAACGUGUAAAGAAGAUCACGCCCUCCCACUACGCCAUGUUUUGCGAAGAGCUAUUCAAUUCGAAGCACGAUACACUACUCAAGGAUGCACAGGAAUGGAUAAAAGAGACUUCUGAGUCUUGCACUGUAGUGGCUGUUCUCGUUGCUACAGUGGUCUUUGCAGCUGCGUACACUGUGCCUGGAGGUUCUAAUGAACAGGGGUAUCCAGUUUUCCGCAACAGCGCUCUCUUCUUGCUUUUCACAGUCAUGGACGUUGUUGCUUUGGCCUGCUCCUUAACCUCCGUUGUAAUGUUCUUGUCCAUCCUCACAUCGCCUUAUACGUAUCAUGAAUUCCACCGCAAACUCCCCAACGCACUCACAAUAGGCUUCGCCUUGCUCUUCAUUUCAUUGACUACAACAAUGAUUGCAUUCGCAGCAACAUUAUUGCUCAUAAUUCGUUCGGAAAAGCCACAUUGGACCACCACUCUCAUUUAUACUGCUGCAUUUCUUCCUGUCAGCAUAUUUGCACUCACGCGUUUUCCCAUGUAUGCUGCAUUUGAGAAAACUUUGCUCAAGUUGUAUAAUAGAUUGUCUAAGAAUUGGGGUGCCACAAAGUCUCCACUGCCCAAGAAGUCAGCUUCCAGACAGGGCAGACCAAGCAGCUCCUAAACAAACCGAAUCGCACACAAAGCAGCUUAAGAACGAUGGUCAAUUGUCUGAGGAGAGUGUUAACGAUAAUAAGCCCAAGCUCCCAGUCUGAGAUUUAUAUUAGUUGAGGUUGAUAAGCGUACAAGAUAUUACAAACUAGUGUGACUCAAGUGAAGAGUGAGUGUCAAAUAAGGGAGUAUUUUACUCUUAUUCUGUUAAA